AUGGCCUCUGCCGAGAUCGAGUUCCGUUGCUUCGUCGGAGGGCUCGCCUGGGCCACCGACAAUGAUGCGCUGGAGAGGGCCUUUUCUCCGUUCGGUGAGAUCAUCGAAUCGAAGAUCAUCAACGACCGUGAGACCGGGAGGUCCAGGGGCUUCGGCUUCGUCACCUUCAGCAACGAGAAGGCCAUGAGGGACGCGAUCGAAGGCAUGAACGGCCAGAACCUCGACGGCCGCAACAUCACCGUUAACGAGGCUCAAUCUCGUGGAAGCGGCGGUGGUGGUGGCGGUAACGGAGGAGGUUACAGCCGCGGAGGUGGCGGUGGAGGAUAUGGCGGCGGCGGUGGCUACGGAGGUGGCGGCCGACGUGAAGGCGGCGGUGGUGGCUACAGCCGUGGAGGCGGCGGUGGUGGAUAUGGCAGUGGAGGCGGUGGAUAUGGCGGUGGUGGCCGUCGUGAAGGUGGUUAUGGAGGUGGUGAGGGCGGCGGCGCUCGCUAUUCCAGGGGCAGCGGUGGCUCUGAAGGCGGCAGCUGGAGGAGUUAA